GUCAAAUGAAAACAUCACACCAUCAGUCACAUUUUGACAUUUGCUACAAAUAGUUUGAAAAUUUUUUUUGUGAUUUCUUAGAAAUGCACCAGCUUAAUAUAAUCAAUAUGGUGAACCAUCCGUAAAAAAUAAUAUUUGAAUAUUUUAAAAUAAAACUACGCAUGAAGGAAAAUAUAUGCAAGUUUGCAAAGCAGCUAAAAAAUACCAGCAUAUAUGAAUUGAAAAAUAAUAAUUACAUAAUUAAAUAGGAUAUUAUAUAAACAUGCAAGAGGCAGUGAAAUUACAAUUAAGUUUAAUUGAAGUUCGAAAAAAUAACUAUUUGUCAGCGAUUGUGUAAUUUUUCUGCGUCUGAAUAAAGGGAUCGAUGAAAGUUCAUCGUCAGCACAGAGGCAAAGGCGAAUACGAGUUGUGAACAAAGUUGACGGUCAAUAUACUCUGACCGAAUUAUUAAACUAAACUAAAAAAAUUUUAUGAAUUGUCUACUUCACGAGAAAAUGUUUAGCAGUCAUACUACACAUAAAAUAAUUAUUUCACUGAAAAGCGAAAACGGCAGCUUUUUAGUCAACAUAAACGAGAUCAGUGCAAGAACUGAAUCUAGCAGCUUAGCGGAGCAGUUACGCACUAAAAACAAGGAGUUUCUUUGAUCAAACGCAAUUUGAAAAACGUAUUUUAAAUCCUAUCUUUUAGAUAGUUUCACAUUCAUAAACAAGUAGAAUUUAAAGAUCGCUGCUGGUACAGCUAUUACGCCAAAGAGCUAUGAAAAAUUGACGUAAGAAUAGAAUAAUCAAUUAAUUAGAGGUAAUAUUUUGUGUGACUGAAAAAGAAAAUUGAUUGUAGAAAGUGUGAAAAAUAUCUAAUAGUCUCAUUUGACAUAUAAAAUGGAAAAUACGAAAUAAUGACCAACCAGGGAAGUUUAUUAUCUGCUUAUUAAGCGGUCUUACAAAAGGAUUUAAGGAUAAAUAAAUAUAUACAGUUUGAAUAUAUUUUUCUAAGUCAAGUGCCCGUUCGGGUUACGAAAUCGACAAAAUUACCGACGACAGGCAAAAUUCCUCUGAAGGUACAGUACUUGUGUCAAAGAGCCCAGCACAUAAAGAAGAGACAGAAGAAAUGGCUACAAUAAAUUCAAAGUCUUCGAAGUUUGGAGGCAAACUAAAUUUAACAUCUCAUGUAAAAUAUGAGCAUUUAAUAGCUGGCAUUUCUGGUGGCGUUACUUCAACAUUAAUUUUGCAUCCCUUGGAUUUAAUAAAAAUUCGCUUUGCUGUAAAUGAUGGACGUACGACAACUGUCCCACAAUAUAGCAGUUUGAGCAGCGCAUUCUCGACCAUUCUUCGUCAGGAAGGAUUUCGUGGACUGUAUAAAGGUGUUACACCCAAUAUUUGGGGUUCAGGGUCUUCUUGGGGUCUGUAUUUCAUGUUCUACAAUACGAUAAAGACCUUUAUUCAGGGGGGUAAUGCCACGCAACCAUUGGGUCCGACACUGCACAUGUUGGCCGCUGCGGAGUCUGGUGCGCUUACUCUCGUACUUACAAAUCCAAUUUGGGUGGUAAAGACACGUUUGUGCUUACAAUAUGGCGCAGAGACUUCAAGCUGUAAAGCAACACAAUAUCGUGGAAUGGUAGAUGCGCUGGCGCAGAUUUACCGUAACGAGGGUGUGCGCGGAUUAUACCGGGGGUUUGUACCCGGCAUACUUGGUGUUUCACAUGGAGCAUUACAAUUUAUGACCUAUGAAGAGAUGAAGAACUACUAUAAUACGUAUCGUAAAUUGCCGAUUGACACCAAAUUGGCUACGUCGGAGUAUUUAGCAUUUGCGGCCAUAUCGAAGCUUAUCGCCGCUGCAGCAACAUAUCCCUAUCAGGUGAUACGUGCUCGUCUGCAGGAUCACCAUCUUAACUACACGGGAUCUUGGGAUUGCAUUAAACAAACAUGGAGAUUUGAAGGCAUGACUGGUUUUUACAAGGGUUUACAAGCCAGUUUGACUCGAGUGGUGCCAGCGACGAUGAUAACAUUUGUUAUGUACGAAAAAGUAUCUCAUUAUUUGCUGCAAAAAUCCAGGGAUAAGUGAUAUAUAUUUUGAGUCGAUCCAGGAACAAUAUUUACAUUUACCAAAAACUAAGAAAUUUCCACGCUUUGAAUGGCCGCGUGUAUUAAUUUAUUUUGCUAUAAAUAAGUAUGUAAAUUAAUUAAAUUAUAAUAUUAUGUAUUACUUUUAAUUUUAAUUUAGAUACUUAUAUAUUUGAUAAUUUGCAGGGCAAUACAAAUGUAGUAGAGUUAUUUUUUCUUAGAAAUCAUACAUUCUGAAUUAUGUAUAUUCAUUUUUUUGUUAUCCUUUCUUGAUAUAAGUGUUUAUUGUAAUAUUACUUAUUGCCAUGAAUUAUGAAUGCGCUUUUGAAAGGACAAUCAACCUUUAAUAAAACCAUUCUCUAUGUCAGUCACGUAAA